ACUCAUCGCAAUGGUGAGACUCCAGCUUUAUCGUUAGAUUCUGCUGGCCGAUGCAAUUUGAGCAAGUCAUUUUCGGAGGAUUUCCACGACUUUGUGCCUCUUGGGCUUUAGGAAUUGGCGACCGCGCCGCUCUGGCUGGACCAUCCAAUGCGGGAAAGAGUCUUCAGAUCCAACUUAUCGCUGGGGAAGUACCGAUUCAGUCUGGAAGGAUCGUUUUCGCACCAGAGAUUUUCCGCAUCGCCGUUCUUCGCAGUGGCUGGACGUUCCAAGAAACGGAUCAAACUGUGAAGGAAGAAGUGAAGUCUUUGAGUCCUGUUCCUCGUGGUCUGCCAGGACCAUCAGAAGCAAGAUCAAGUUCACUGAGUGCACUGGUUGUUGAUGUGGAGAGACUUUCGGCGCUUAAUGAAAUCACAGAUGUGGAAAUCGAGAAGUGCCUGGCUAAGUUUGAUUUGAAGCCCCAUGAUCUACUCCAAGAGCUACCUCCGCAGAAAUUGAUACGUUUGGCUAUGGCGAAGCUAAUGAUUUGGCAGCCAGAUGUCCUCUUGUUGGAUGAUGUGACUGAAGACCUGGAAGACCUGGAAGAUCCCAAAGUCUCAGAUGAGGCUUGCAAGUGGAUGGAAGAAUUCCUGCUCUCUGCAGGGUUGAAGAUUUUGCUUGUCGCAUCGCAUGACCGGAGCUUCAUGGACAGGGUCUGUAAUAGAGUCAUAUCAAUACAGGAGAACAAGACAAGUGUGCUGGAAGGGAAUUAUGGACGCGCUUAUUUGGCUGGAGGUGAUUUCCUUCACUUUCAUUCAUUUAGCUUGUGGCAGCCGAAAUCUUCAGGCUUGAGAGCAACCCAAGCAGCAUGUGCCUUUGCGUCCUUGGUUGUGGAGGAUUUCUGCAGUAGAUGGGAGAAGGGUGUAGAUGUAGAAGGAGUUCGCAGAACGUACAGAAUUGUCGAUGUUGGAACUGGCACAGGGAUCCUGUCAUUGAUCGUGGCUCAGCAAUGGCAUCGACGUUUCGGGGCUUUAUCGACCAAACCGGAGCUGCAGUUGUGGGCCGUUGACCUGGAUGAACCAGCUUUGAGAAUUGCAAGAGCAAACUUUGACGCCUGCCCAUGGGCCGACCGGAUACAUACGCUUCACAGCUCCUUUGAGGAUUGGACACCGGCAUGGGAUGAUCCUCCAAUGAGCUUCAUUUGUAACCCUCCUUAUGAUGAUGAUGUAGUGAACAGACGAGCAGGUACGGAGGCAGAGGAGCUUUCGCGCAGACGAGCACUGGAGCGUUCCUUUCUUCCACUGGAAGAACUCUGCCGUGGAGUGAAAGGACAAGGUUGCCGGAGCAUGUGGAUUUUAUGGGGCAACGCUGAGGAUGCACCAGUGCUCCGUGCAGCCGCAAAUACUGGCUGGCGAGCAGUUCGUCAAGUCAGAUUUCAACGCAGCGUUCACAGGGCCCAGGCUUUCGCAACUGUUUGGCAACUGACGCGAGACACGGAUGUGAAACCUGAGAAAUGCUUGGAGCCAGAGACCAUCCUGUGGCAGAAGGAUGAUGGAACUCCAUCAACUGCAUGGUGGCAACUUGUUGGUUCCCUGUACUACUGGCAUUUGCGGCCAAAAGUCCGGCAGCUCCUGGCGUUUAUCACAUCUGACGGCCGUGUGACUUCGGGUAUCCAGAAGAGUGAGAUUAUACACUCACAUAUCACAUAUCACAUGUGGGACUAUACACAUAUAGUUCAUACAUAUACAGUAUACACGUAA